AUGGGUUGUGACGUGCUGGGUUUCCUGAAGAGCCUGACUCGGCGUAAGCCCUUGGAGCCGGAUGGGGAGGAGUCGACCUUCAAGAGAUGCCUCACGACCCUUGACCUCGUCGCUCUGGGGGUCGGCAGCACUCUGGGGGCCGGAGUAUACGUGCUGUCGGGAGAGGUUGCUCGUCAGGUGGCGGGUCCCUCCAUCAUCCUGUGUUUCCUGAUCGCGGCCGUGGCCUCAGUCUUCGCUGGCCUGUGCUACGCCGAGUUCGGAGCACGCGUCCCCAAAACAGGCUCCGCCUACCUUUAUAGCUACGUCACCGUGGGAGAGAUCUGGGCCUUUGUCACCGGGUGGAACCUGCUGCUCUCAUAUGUCAUUGGCACGUCGAGUGUUGCUAGGGCGUGGAGUGGGACGUUUGAUGACCUCAUCGGGAAGAAGAUUAGCGAGGCCCUGAGUACACACCUGCCCAUGAACCUGCCCGGCCUCGCCCCCUACCCAGACUUCUUCUCAGCAGGACUCAUCAUGCUAUUGGCCGGCAUCCUGGCGUUUGGCGUGAAGGAGUCUGCCAUAGUCAAUAAGGUUUUCACGGCGGUCAACAUCCUGGUUCUGGUGUUCGUGGUGAUCGCCGGAUUCAUCAAAGGAAAACUGUUCAACUGGGAGAUCACAGAGCAGUUCAUCAUCAACGAGACCAACCCUAAUUACACGGACCCGUUGCUGGAUCCUAAGUACGGUGUUGGAGGAUUCUUCCCGUUCGGGUUCGAGGGGACGCUGGCCGGAGCCGCCACCUGCUUUUACGCUUUUGUAGGAUUUGACUGCAUUGCCACCACAGGGGAGGAGUGUCAGAAUCCCCAGCGUUCCAUCCCGAUUGGCAUCGUGGUGUCGCUGCUGAUCUGCUUCGUGGCGUACUUCGGCGUGUCGGCCGCGCUGACCCUGAUGAUGCCCUACUUCCUGCUGGACACCCAGAGUCCGCUGCCCGUGGCCUUCACCCACGUGGGGUGGGACGAGGCCAAAUACGCCGUCGCCGUGGGCUCCCUCUGUGCCCUGUCAACCAGUCUGCUAGGCUCCAUGUUCCCCAUGCCUCGUGUGAUGUUUGCGAUGGCGCGUGACGGCCUCCUCUUCAAGCCGCUCAGCAACAUCAACUCACGCCAGAGUCCCGUCAUCGCAACACUCUCCUCAGGGACCGUCGCAGCUAUCAUGGCGCUGCUGUUUGACCUGAAGGCCCUGGUGGACAUGAUGUCUAUUGGAACACUCUUUGCAUACACACUAGUGGCCGUGUGUAUUCUUAUACUCAGGUACCAGCCUGAUGGUGAGCAGGAGAAGAAGGGCUCGUGGGGGAUCCUGAAACCGCCCCCCAGCGCUAACCCCGCCUCCUCUCAGUUCGUCUCCCUCCUCACCAUCUUCAUGAUCGUGGUGGCGUUGGUGCUGAGCCUGAUCCUGAGUCGGGGCUUGUCCUUGAUAUCUGAGUGGUGGAUGAUCCUGCUGGUGUGUGUCGCCGCCCUGCUGCUGCAGCUGGCACUCAUCGCCGUCUGGAGGCAGCCGCAGAGUACCUCCAAAGCAGCCUUCAUGGUGCCUCUGGUUCCGUGUCUUCCUGUCUUGAGCUUGUUUGUCAACAUUUACCUGAUGGUGCAGCUGGACUCACAGACCUGGAUGAGAUACGCUAUAUGGAUGGCAGUGGGUCUCUUGAUCUACUUUGCGUACGGCGUGCGCCACAGCGUUCAGAAGAAGCGGAUGGCCUCCUCCUCCUCCAGGCAUUCCAGCAUCGCCCCGGGACACAAGAUGGACGCCGAGAUGGACGACGACAUGCGGCAGACCAAACUAUAA